AUGCAACAGAAUAAUGGCGACUGCGCCGCGCGCGCAGAAAGGGCUGCUCCUCCACCUCCCCCUCCUCCUCCUCCUCCUCCCCCUGCGCGCGGCGGCGCAGCUGCGCGUGCGAGUGGGGGCGGGGGCGGGGGCGGAUAUAAGCGGCGCGCGGGCGGCGGCGCGGCCAGUGGCUGCGGAGCGGAGGCGUUCGGCGGCGGCGGCGGCGGCGACGGGCCAGCAGCGAUGAGCGCUUCGGGCAAGGGCCUGCUGGGCCUCUGGCUCUACCGCACGGGCGAGGGCUGGGCGCUGAAGGAGGCUCCGCCGCGUGCGCAGCCGCCAGUCAGCGUGAGCACCUGCAGUUCCGGCGUAGGCGUCAUGCCGGACCACCUGGGCAAAGACCUCAACUCGGUAGUCUUUUCCCUCAAGAACCAAGUGGGAGGUCUGGCGCGGGCUCUUCAGGUGUUUCAGGAUCUGGACGUGAACGUGCUGCACAUCGAGUCGCGCGCGUCGUCCCGCCGGGACUCGGAGUUCGAGAUCCUGGUGGACGUGCAGUGCGACGAGUCGCGCAUGUCGCGCCUGGUGGCGGCGCUGCGGCGCGAGGUGGCCGCCAUCAACCUGGCGCACUUCGAGGGCGGCGCCGCGCUGCCCCCGCCCACGCCGCUCUCCGCCGCCGCCUCCUUCGAUUUCGGGGAGAUGCCGUGGUUCCCGAGGAAGAUUUCCGACCUAGACGACGCACAACGGGUGCUGAUGUAUGGCUCUGAAUUGGACGCCGACCACCCGGGCUUCAAAGAUCCUGUGUAUCGGAAGCGGCGAGAGCAGUUUUCAGACAUCGCAAAUUCCUACAAAUAGGGCACGGUGUUCCGGGAGCUGCACAAGCUGUACGUGAAGCACGCCUGCCAGGAGUACCUCGAGAACUGGCCGCAGCUCGUCAAGUACUGCGGCUACAGGGAGGACAAUAUUCCACAGCUAGAGGACGUGAAUCGGUUCCUGAAAUGCAAGACGGGCUUCCAGCUGCGGCCCGUGGCGGGCUACCUGUCGCCGCGCGACUUCCUCUCGGGCCUGGCCUUCCGCGUGUUUCACUGCACGCAGUACAUCCGCCACUCCUCCGACCCCUUCUACACGCCCGAACCAGACUGCUGCCACGAGCUCCUGGGCCACAUGCCGCUGCUGGCCAACCCGUCCUUCGCGCAGUUCUCGCAGGAGAUAGGCCUGGCGUCGCUGGGCGCCUCUGAUAACGACAUCGACAAGUUAGCAACGCUGUACUUCUUCACGGUGGAGUUCGGGCUGUGCAAGCAGGACGGGCAGCUGCGCGUGUACGGCGCCGGGCUGCUGUCGUCCGUGGCCGAGCUGCGCCACGCCGUCUCCGCCGCGCACAAGACGAAGCGCUUCGACCCCGACGUCACGUGCCGCGAGGAGUGCAUCAUCACGGCCUUCCAGAACGCCUACUACUACACGGACUCCUUCGAGGAGGCCAAGGACAAAAUGCGGACGUUCGCGGGGCGCAUCCAGCGGCCGUUCGGCGUGCGCUACAACCCGUACACGCAGAGCGUGGAGGUGCUGAGCAACGCCGAAAAGAUCGCGGCGCUGGUGUCCGAGCUGCGCGGCGACCUGUGCAUCGUGAGCAACGCGCUGCGCAAGAUCCACGAGCAGGACGAGACGGUGGACGUGGCCAGCCUCACGUCCAUGCUGCACAAGGGCAUCGAGCUGGACCCCUCCGCGGCGUCGGCCGCCCCGCACCAGGACCAGGGCUGCUCCUCCGCCGCCGCCUCCGCGCCGUCGUCGCAGCCCGACUCUCCGAACCCACAGUAGCCCCAUCCCCCCCCUCCCACACCCCCGGGGCUGCCCCCAGCGCCGCGCCGUGGCCACUUCCUCGCUUCUCUGCGGGAGCUUUCUUGUAACGAAGCGCGUUCGUCGUAAUACGCAGGCUCGCCGAGGCACAGGAGCCCUCGCGUUGUCGUAGAAAUUAAGUUUAAUACUGCGGCGUCCCGCCUGUCCGGUUGAUGUCUCGUCGAUUGCAUUUGGCUUGCAGGCAAAAUUACUUACGGAGGCCGAACGGGAGCAUUCAGACUGUAGGCAAUAACAGCAUCGACAGCAGAAGCUUCAAUUUGUAACUGUCAUCUUUGCCGUGAACUAUCCUUGUACUACGUUAAUCUUUAUUGACGCAAGAAUACCAGUUAAUCAUGAUAAAAAAUUGAAUUUUAUCUACUCUGACUCCUUAACAAAAUUAUAUUUGGUAUUAAAUUGUUCAAAUUUCAAAUACCCAAAAAAAUCUGCUGGGAUAGAGUGAUACCAAAUGACAUAUCCCAGCUAUUAAUGAUUUCUUUUGAAGAAAAUACAAAACAUAAACUCAAAUAUUAUUUCUGGAACAAUUGAAAUAAAAAAAAUAAAAAUAAAAUAUUAUUAAAUAAUAUUAUAUGCAAAUGUUAAAUAAAUGACUCUUCCAAAUCUACUACCUAUAGAUAAACUGAAUAGCAACUCAGUUUCUUUAGGCUCACCUGAUAAUAGAAUGGAGAUAUCAUGAUUAAUACGUUACAAUGAAAAGAAUAAAAAUGGCUUCACAAAGGACAUAAUUAAGUUCAUUCACAUACUUCCUCUAAACGCAUAUCCUCUUACAGCAAUAUAUUAAGAAUAGGAGUCUGCUUAACAUUUGAAAAAUAAAAACUUUUUUCACCUCUUUUCUUUUAGCCCUUAUAUUUUAAUAAGGCAACUAAGUCAUUACAUUGUCUUGGCAGGUAAACUGAGUGAUGCAUUAGGUAUAAUGUUAAGUUUCUCUGCAUUUUGUAGG